AUGCCCAGUUAUGCAAAAUUAUUGAAGGAGAUCCUGUCUAACAAAAGGAAGCUAGAAGAACAUGAGACUAUUUGCCUAAACAAGGAGUGCAGUGCAAUUCUAUUGAAAAAGCUACCUCCCAAACUAAAAGACCCAAGGAGUUUCACGAUACCUUGCACAAUUGGUUCUAAUUUCUUUGAACAUUCUUUAUGUGAUUUAUGUGCCAGUCUUAAUUUGAUGCCUCUCUCUGUUUACAGGUCUCUUGGAUUAGGAGAAGCAAAACCUACAAUCAUCUCUUUGCAAUUGGCAGAUAGAUCGAUCAAACGACCGAAGGGGAUUAUUGACGAUGUGCUAGUGAAAGAAGAUUCAAACAUCCUUCUAAUCUUGGGAAGACCCUUCUUGGCUGCCGGAAGAGCGCUAAUUGAUGUUUACGAUGGAAAGAUGAUUCUUCGAGUAGACAAUGAGCAAGUCAUAUUCAACAUGUUCAAGACAAUAAAACAUCCACUGACUUCAGACACCUAUUUCCAAGUAGAUGUUCUUGAAGAGUUAGUGGCAGAUACAUUUGAGACAGAGCAUCAAAUAGUUCUUUGUGAAGCAAAAAUUGUACAAUCGGGAGCAACAAUGGAAAAGACACCCACUCUUGAACUAAAGCCCUUGCCUUCACAUCUCCGUUAUACAUAUUUGGGAGAAUCUACAACACUUUCAGUAUUCAUUGCAAAUGACAUGACAAUGGAAGAGGAGAAUAAAUUGUUAGAGAUACUCAGGCAGCACAAAACGGCAAUUGGAUGA